AUGGGAUGUCAAGUUCUUCGAAUCCUCAAUCAACGUUCCGUCAAAAAAGCCAUCUUCCUUGGCACUGUUGUAGUAACCUUCCAUAUUACAUUGAUACUAUACAACUUGGUCGGGAGCAAUACACCUUUCUUUGAAAACCAUGAACACGACAUACCACAUUUUCACCAGCUGUGGUGUAGAAUGCAAGGAUGGCGGAUAGACUGGGAGACAGUGGUUAAACCGUGUGCUGGGAAAGUAGCCUGGGACGAACGAAAAGUAAACUCCAAAUGGAGGACUGAUGCGAAUAACAGUUUUAUAACGAAAUGGGAGAUACAACCUGCAGGUAGAUAACGGAUAAAAAUUCCUGAACCUUCAUUUUUGUAACAUUCCUCUAAGGUAUUGAAAGGCAAGCUCUACUGAAUAGAGAAGAGAAGUGAUGACGUCACAGAAACUAAAUUUGUGAAAUUAUGAGAUGGGCUGGCAUUUCCAGAUAGAACAAAACGAAAGAGCCCACGUGGCCAAAAAUAAGCAUUUGUAGUGCAAAUUGUUGUGGGGAGGGGGGUAUAAGCACUGUUUUGCUUCAAUGACUUCAUAUAAAGCCUUUCUAGAUAUGCAAACCAAUCUCAUAUUCACAAAUUUGAAUUUUUGAGACUUCACACUUCCCCUCUCUAUGACUUAAAUGUACUUCCCGAAAAACUGCAGUAUUUCUUUUCAGUUCUUUUUACAUCAAGUUGUGAACUUAAGCGACAAUGUCAAUGGUAAAUGCUUUUUUUAAAGUGAAAAUACACUUAGCUUCACCAGCUACCUCCAGGCAUUCCACCCAGAUUAUUUGAAACAAAUAAUGCAAAUGUAACAUAACACUACAAAGAAACCCAGGCAAGAGUCAGCAUCAGAUGGCUAUUUUACAAUUGUGACUAAGAAUUUGAAGCCGAAAAGCCCGAAAAACAAAUGCAAUUACUGGUCAGGGGACCCGAACUCGGGACCCCUGGAUUGCGAGUCCUCCGUGCUGAUCACUCGGCCACGCUGCCUUAGUCCAAAAUGUUAGAGUAAAUUUGAGUAUUCAGCUUAUACAAUUAAUAUUUCUUAACAGUAUAUUUUCGUUUCCUGUUAGGUCACUUUAGUCGUUUCUUCAUUCAGUCUGUUACAAGAGAUAGCAUUCAUAAAAAUGUUGGUGGCGAUGCGUGGGGAGUGUACAUCAGACAAGGCCCAGCAUCCCUUUCGCCGCAAGUGUGGGACCAUCACAACGGAAUGUAUGAAGUGGUAUUCUUGGUUAUGGAACCUGGUGAUUACUCCGCCCAGAUCACCCUAGAUUUCACCCUUUGUGACGGCCUUCGUGAACCGCCUGUGGACUGGUUCAUAAAAGGUUUGAAACUAAAAUAAUUUUCUUUAAUUACCAAUAUUUCAUUCAAGCAGAAUUUAAGGCAGCUUAUGCCGGUGAAGACUUUCUCUUCCUGCUGGAUUUUAUUACAGACUCUAAGUUUGAUUUUAGCUCAGGUUGUCUUAAUAUCCAGAAAAACGUUCUUGACAUAGUGUUACUUCAACAUAAAAAAUACGAAAUAAAAUGAUUACCUUAUAAGGCAAUAGCUAGAACCAGGGGGGGGCUGGCAGCAAGGUCUGGAACCGAGUUUACAUGAUCGCCCCAGUUAAGAAAUUCGGCCGAGUGAGACUGAGUACAAAUUUUCCUUGAAAACAAAUAUGGCGGAGAAUGCAGACAUGGAAGGGCGAUGAGUUUUUGGUCGGUUUUAAGUUUUUCCGCGUACAAAUAUCAAGAAAAGGUUUCAAUGAACUUUUUUAAUGGACCUUUUGGACAUCCAGGAGGCGUUAUAUAUGAACAGUUCAUGGGUGACUUCACUUAUCGUGACACGGGAUCUCGGCAAGUUCAGUUAUUUUUAAGCUUCAUGAAUUUUAGAGCGACCAUCUUGCUCCAUCUCUUAUAUUUUUCCACUUACAGUGGUAUUAAGACUCUCUUCCCUUUCUUAAACAUAUGCUACGAGCACAAUAUAUUGAUAUGAGUCUUGCAACAGUCAUAUGUGAAUGUUCAUUAAACCACUGAUUUGCUACUUCGCUGUUCGUACGUUUGUUUGUGUACACCGGGAGGCACAACAAAUAUUUAUGGGCGUAAAUACAGAAUACAGGGCCAGUUUAGUAAAAACCAGGGUAAAUGUUCCAAUCACUUUGCUUCACAUAUACUGGGUCUGUCAGUAUAAGCUAUUUCUAAUGUCAGAAGGCUGGGAGGGGUUUGCUGAAACUUCAAAACCUUCGCUGGAAUGACUGUCAUUGGAGUGAUAAUCAAUAAAUUUCCAACAGCAAUACCGUAUUUAGUAGUUUUGUACUGGUUAUAGUGAUAUCGGUUUCAAGUAUUUCCUUGAAAUUGUUAGUACAAAAAUUACCCUUUAGUUAUGAUUUAUACUUGAAAUGAUUAUAGUGGUUUAGUGUAAGAACAAGAGGCUAAUUCAGUUGCUAAUCAGAGUGAGUACAUCUGGAAAGAGUAUUCGUUGAGAAACUCCCUCAAAGGACUGAAGUACAAGAAACAGAAAAAAAGAAAACUGAAUGUUUGGCAAAGUUUAUAAAGAGAAUCAGAAGAGGCUUGAAAAAUAUACAAGUUAAGUGUAUUGUUUGUGUAAGUUAUGAACCUGAUUUACAACUAAUUAUUAUACAAGGUAAAAUUGAUUUUUUAUCAGCCAUCAAAAGAAGUUAUUGACGGGCUUGAGCCCAAUCCUCUCAGCAGUUCUUUCUACGAUACUACCCUUGGCUUGUUUGACCUCGAUGAUUAUGAGCUGCUGAUUUAGGUGGUGACCAUUUCACCCUUUAGAGUUUUGAACGAGGUGUCUCUUUGGGUUGUGAAGGUUGAAGAAGCGGUCUAUAGAGUACAUUUUAUUGGUACCACCAAUUUUUCCCCCAAGUUUUGAAAUGUUUCUAAGUUAAAAGCUCUCUUAAUUCUGUAUGCUGAAGGAAAUGAAUCAGGAUUAUAAAAUAAGGUCUCUUGGCUUAAAAAGGGUAGGGAAAUGCACAAUGUGUCCUACUACCCAUACUCUCUUUCAGUGUAAGCCCAGGGAGGUGAUCUCACAUUUUAAUUCCUUUACCACUUGUUGUAACAGCAAAAUUAGUGAAGGUUUAUGGUCUCUGAAAUAUAUUUUUGACAGCCUCAACACAAGUUUCUAACUGUUAUUGUUGACUGCAAAUAACAUUAUCUUAAUAAUCAUUUUACAUUUUUUUCCAAGGCAUCCUAUGGUGUUUUCAAUAUCCACUAGUACAAGGCAAUUUUUAAGUUGAGAGGGUUUACUUUGAUUUCAUUCACAGUAAACUACAUUUUUACACAGACACAAACUAACCUGGCAGGUUGAUGUCCAAAGGUGUAAAACAUUACAUGCAACUAUAUGGCAAAAACUGAUCACUGUGGCAAAAGGAAAGGCAAAAAUAGAAAUGUCAUCAUUUUUUUUAAUUUUAUCAAUUCCCUUUGAAGCAUAUUUAGCCAGAUGUUGUCCUUGUUAAAACAUGCAAACUUGAACAUUUAUUUUCUGACCUUAGCUAAUCUUUUUUAAACCAUACUCUUGUUCCAGUGGGUAGUGUAGAUCUUGGAAUAAAAUAUUUAUAAUUUCUCCCUCUUUGUUUGCAACAAAACAAAACACAAUUGAAUGAGGACUCAAACUGAAGGCAGUGUAGUAACUGCUGUCAUGAAAAGAGAAUUCCAAACACACAAAAUAAUUACCCUUUCAUUUGCCUAUAUUCAUUUGUUAGAAACUACGGUAAACUUUAAAUUAAAUCACACGAAGAUAAGAACUUAAGCAUAUCAAGUGUGAUUGAUCUCUUGGCAAAAUUCAUUUAGCUUCUAGUGCAAAACGAAAUACAAGAACUACGAGAUUUGACCAUAUGCCACUCAAUCAUCCAACGCAACUCUGCCAGGAUAAGUUCACAAUCAAGGAUGAAGAAUUAAGAAUCUCAAUCAUCAUUUCUUUUCGUCUCAAAAGUGUAAUAAAACGGUAAACAACUCUGACAACUCUGACAACUCUUCUAUUUCACCACGGCCACCGCGCUUUUUUUAAUAUCACGAAGGAUUAAUUUUCGGCCUUUCACUUGAAAAUAUAAACUCUUCUACAGACGCAUUGGAGGGUUGGCCCUUCUUCUAGUCUUGUGGGUCUUCUAAACAGAAGCACAGCUUGAAAGCCUGUAGUGAGCCAAAAGAUCGGGCAUCGAGGAACACGUACAAUGACUGUUCACUGGUCUCGUUCUUAAGUAGUAAACCGCAUGUAAUGACAAACGCAAGACCAGAAGAAAGGAAAACGUAAGCUCCACAUUACUGCAGAAAAAAUCGGUUACAGCUAAGAAAGCAAUGACCAACAGGACCAAAGGCGAAUUCAUUUCACACUGUCGAAUCGCUGCGAAGACGAACUUCUUGAUGUUGUUGUUGUUCCCAGUCCGUUUCGCGCAUGCUCGCUACAGUUCUCGAAUGAUUGACAGAUUUCUUAACUGGGGCGAAAGUAGAAGUACUAGAACAAUUACAUUUUUAAUACCUCAAAAAAAACAGGGACAGUUCAAGGAAAAUACCAGCCAGAUGGGAUCUUGGGAUACAUUGGCGAUGACUACAUAUUGGAACCGAUUGGAGGGAAAACGGCAAUUAAUUUUUCUGUCCCUGAAAACUCGCAUGGCACACAGGAGUUUUUAAACCAUACAGGUAAAAGUCUGCGUUGUUAUUGAAACCGGAUCGAGGCAGAAUGUUUCAUAAGCACGAUACCAUGAAUCAGUACCGACCCAUUAAAGAGGACUGUAUCAGUUUGGAACAGCUUAGCUGAACGACUCUAAUUCAGACCCGUAACCUUUUUUGUCAGCAACCUGACGUAUAAGCUAUCAUAACGUUUUCGCCUUUAUUGCGUCUUCCUAAAAAAGCGAGAUCAGUCAAGGACUCGAGGUCGGCUGCUGAAAAUUUGGCCAUAAGCCCGAGCCCUAUGAAGGAAAAAUCAGAGACUGAAACAGAAUGACGCCAUAGGAGCAUUUGUAUACAAAUAUUUGUGUCGAAAGAAAAG